AUGAUCAAUUUCAGCAGACUAUUCAUUUCCGUCGCCCUCCUUUUCGGAGUGGUCUUGGUUCUCUUCUCUCACAACGUUGAGGCUGCCAAGGGUCCCAAGAUCACCAAGAAGGUGUACUUCGACAUUAAGCACGGCGAUGAGGAGCUCGGCCGGGUUGUCUUUGGCCUCUACGGCGGCACUGUCCCCGAGACCGCUGAGAACUUCCGAGCUCUUGCUACCGGCGAGAAGGGCUUUGGUUAUGAAGGAUCUACCUUCCACCGAGUCAUCAAGGACUUCAUGAUCCAGGGCGGUGACUUCACCAACCACGAUGGCACUGGCGGCAAAUCCAUCUACGGCAACAAGUUCAAGGACGAGAACUUCAAGCUCAAGCACACCAAGCCUGGUCUGCUCUCCAUGGCCAACGCCGGCAAGGACACCAAUGGCUCCCAGUUCUUCAUCACCACUGUCAUCACCUCGUGGCUCGACGGCCGACACGUCGUCUUCGGCGAAGUCCUCGAGGGCUACGAGAUUGUUGACAAGAUCCAGAAGGUCGAGACCUCUCGAGGCGAUAAGCCCGCCAAGCCGGUCACCAUCGCCAAGAGCGGCGAGCUGGAAGUUCCUCCUGAAGGUAUUCACCGCGUUUCAUAUACACUCAAACUUGGGCAGUGGGCUGAUGAGUCUGAGGCGCCAAAGAGCGGAUACACCGGCACCCAGACAAUCCUCUUCCUGGGCAUUGUCUUCGCCGCGGUCAUGUUCUUCAUCCAGCACCAGAAGCGCCAGACCAAGGUUGCCGAUGAGAAGUCAAGAGGCUUGAUUGCUUAA